GAGAAGAGGACAAAGAUACUCAGAGAGAAAAAGUAAAGGACCGAAGAAGGAGACUGGAGAGACCAGGAUCCUUCCAGCUGAACAAAGUCAGCCGCAAAGCAGACUAGCCAGCCGGCUAUAAGUGGAGUCAGAGUCCCAAAGACAUGGGCUUGUUAGAGUGCUGUGCAAGAUGUCUUGUAGGGGCCCCCUUUGCUUCCCUGGUGGCCACUGGAUUGUGUUUCUUUGGGGUGGCACUGUUCUGUGGCUGUGGACAUGAAGCACUCACUGGCACAGAAAAGCUAAUUGAGACCUAUUUCUCCAAAAACUACCAGGACUAUGAGUAUCUCAUCAAUGUGAUCCAUGCAUUCCAGUAUGUCAUCUAUGGAACUGCCUCUUUCUUCUUCCUUUAUGGGGCCCUCCUGCUGGCUGAGGGCUUCUACACCACUGGCGCGGUCAGGCAGAUCUUUGGCGACUACAAGACCACCAUCUGCGGCAAGGGCCUGAGCGCAACGGUAACAGGGGGCCAGAAGGGGAGGGGUUCCAGAGGCCAACAUCAAGCUCAUUCUUUGGAGCGGGUGUGUCAUUGUUUGGGAAAAUGGCUAGGACAUCCCGACAAGUUUGUGGGCAUCACCUAUGCCCUGACCAUUGUGUGGCUCCUGGUGUUUGCCUGCUCAGCUGUGCCCGUGUACAUUUACUUCAACACUUGGACCACCUGCCAGUCUAUUGCCUUCCCCAGCAAGACUUCUGCCAGUAUAGGCAGUCUCUGUGCUGAUGCCAGAAUGUAUGGUGUUCUCCCAUGGAAUGCUUUCCCUGGCAAGGUGUGUGGCUCCAACCUUCUGUCCAUCUGCAAGACAGCUGAGUUCCAAAUGACCUUCCACCUGUUUAUUGCUGCAUUUGUGGGGGCUGCAGCCACACUGGUUUCCCUGCUCACCUUCAUGAUUGCUGCCACUUACAACUUUGCCGUCCUUAAACUCAUGGGUCGAGGCACCAAGUUCUGAUGUCCUAUAGAAAUGUCCCUUUCUCUAAUAGCGAGGCUCUAACCACACAGCCAACAAGGCUGUGUCUCCCGUGUUAACUCUUUGCCUUUACCACUGACUGGCCCUCUUCUUACUUGAUGAGUAACAAGAAAGGAGAGCUGAGCAGUGAUUAAUAUAUCUCAGUGGACUCUCCCCUCUUACGUACCUCUUUUAGUCAUUUUGCUUCACAGCUGGUUCCUGCUAGAAAUGGGAAAUGCUUAAGAUGGUGAUUCCCCAACUGCAAGUCACAAAGAACUGGAGGCUCUUACUCAAUUUUCAAGCAUCUCCUGAGGACCAGGAAGUGUUUUCUUCUCAAGGGACACUUCCAGUGAUGGAAACACAUUGGAAAGAAAGAUGCUCAGGUAGAGAGAAAGGAUAUCCUGGCCAUCUUGCCAUCUGUAGGGGCCAAAUAUAUUCUCUUUAGUGAACAAAACAGAAAACUCAUUCCUGUCUCCCUAUUACCACUGAAGAUAGAAUGCCAGAAAAAAAAAUAUGUCAGCAAAACAGUAAAAGCAUUUGCCCAUAUCUACCUACUGCAGCUGGAAGAAGGGGGUCAAAGCAAGGAUCUUUCACCCACAGAAAGAGAGCACUGACCCUGGUGGUGAAGGACUAUUUAAGCUCUAACUCAGCCAACCUUACUUAUUGCAUAAGGGAGCAUAGUGUCUGUGUAGACCAAGGGGGCACAGGGCCUUACACCUCGUUAGAGAAAAGAAACAGGGUGUUGUCAGCAUCUUCUCACUCCCUUCUUGAUAACAGCUACCAUGACAACCCUGUGGUUUCCCAGGAGCUGAGAACAGAGAGAAACCAGCGCAUAGGAAAACAGACUGUCCUGAAGAGCCGCGUUGCUAGUGGCUAACGGUGUAAACUGAGCCAGCCCUCUGGUAGACACAGGAUAGAUAAAUAGAUAACUCGUUGGAUAGCAUGUCUUUUUCUGUUAGUUGUGCACUCUGGUCUCUGCCAUAUCUUCACAAUGGUGCUCUUUUCAUGGGGUUUUAGCCAUUCAGUCAUAGCAGGUGAUUUGAAGAUCUUGAUUUGUUUCAGAAUGAUGUGCAUUUUACAUUUUCCAGUUUAUCUUGUUUGGGGUUGCACCAGAAAGGUCUGGAGAAUGAGUCUUUGAUUCUGAUUCUCUAACAAAUGAAAAUGGGACAUUAAACAUUGCAAAUGAUAUUUAAAAUUGGCUAGUUUCAUGCAUCUGCUUGGAUUUCCUAUAACUUAUUCUGUCUGCCUUUUGCAGAAACAGAUUUGGUCAAUUUGAACCUCAAUUUGAAUAAUUUAUUUGACCAUUCUUUCUAGCUAGUGGGAGAUUAAUUUGAUUUAGUAAUGGUAAUUUAGUGUGUUAAAGAGUAAGUUGGAACAUACAGGUUAUUCUUUCCUGGUAUAGCUCGCAUAACCAAAUGCACAGCUGUCAGCUCUUCAGUAGGUAAGCAUCCAUUGAAAGAGUUUGAAGCCUGGAUAGCUCCCAGGUUUCAGUCUUCUCUUUCUGUGUUAACUUUGGGUUAAAAAAAUAAACGGCUGAUUGGUCUUCAUUGAAGGACAGAUUUUACAGGUAUGACUGUAGUUGGCUCUUUGUUGUAAAGAGUUGUUUUGUUUUUUUUCCCCCAAAGUGGUUUCAGCAAUGUUUGAGGAGACACAGGAGCUUACCAAAAGACACUUGGUAUUUAUUUUCAGACCAGUGUACCAGAUAAGCUUCCAGGCUGCAUACAGGCAGGAGAUGGGAAAAGUUUCUGUGAGAAACCAAUCAAGAUCAAAGACAGUGAAGUAAUCCAUACCUUGUGUUUUGUUUUGAUUUAAUAACAAAUAACCAACCCCUCCCCCAAAACCUCCCAUGCAUACAUACACACAUAUACACACGCAAAGAGAGUUAAUCAACUGAAGUGUUUCCUUCAUUUCUGAUAAAGAAUUUCAAUUUUAACACCCAUAAAGGAUAAACUUUUAGGAACUUAUCUUACAAAAUGUAUUUUAUAAAAUUAAGGAAAAUAAAAUUAAGAUGUUCUCAAUCAAA